AUGGCGCUGGAGCGGAGACUCAAUCCCGCAAUUGAUCCCAGCGAUCUUGCUUGGGAAAAAGUCCAUGCCAUGUUCAACUUCAGGAUAAAGACCUCGGACAAGACUCUCGGGGAUAUUCUACUCGACAAUUUCACCGUCCAGGAAAUCCGACAAUUCUUCACCCAAGAGCGAUCUGACCUCAAUGCCUUGCAAAAACGGAAUACAGAGCGCUACAACUCUUUGUUGGCUGGGCGAUUCAAGGGCGUCCGCUCUGAUGUGCCCACCAAACUGGCCAUGAUGUACUUUGGACUGCCUGUUGAACCAGUGCAGACUGUUCUCACGGGACAAGAAUCAAACGGCCUCGCAGUGAUGGAGGCACAAGUUGCUCAAUUGAAACCUCUGGCAUUCCUAGCCAAUGAUGAAUUAAGCCAGGUUGCUUUCGGCGCUACUGGUAUGACUUGCAUAUCCGCGGUACGAAUUGACCCAACUAAUACGGAAAAGAGCAACACCCAGAUGCAAUGGAUAUUGAUGACUUACAUCAGAAGCAGUCUUCUCACGUCCCCGUGA